CCAUACCUGUAAUACGUGAAUAAUUGAUGGCUUACGUUAUCUGUCCGUUGAGGUAGGCAAUGAUUGAGCGACCAAAACAUUGCUCAUAACCGGUUGUGAACACAACAAUCGCCCCACUCUAAUUUCUCUUCGAAAGCAAGAGGUUCUAUAAAACUACUGGCAAGUUGAAAAAUUCUUUAGUAUUCAAUUUGUUGCGGUCGUAAAACCAUCCAUAAAAUUCAUUCAAUAUUUAAUCGUAGAGCGUGUAUAACGCGAAAAAACACUCCAUCAAGAUAUGGCUUUUGCUGCUUUAUUGAUUUACCUUAUCAUUGCUUUGACUUCGAUAUUAAUGUAUUUUAUGAAAAAACGCCUAAAUUACUGGAAGGACCAGGGCAUUGCUCAUGAUGAACCAAGUUUUUUUGCCGGCAACUUUCAUGGUGUUAUGACUAAACGCACUUUUGGAGAUUGUAGUCGUGCGGUCUAUGUGAAACACAAAGGUUCCGGGCCUUUUUGUGGUUUCUAUUUCUUUCAAAGGCCAGGCGUUUUGAUUUUGGAAACGGAUCUGAUGAAAAAUAUUCUUAUAAAAGAUUUUUCCAAAUUUACCGACAGAGGUCUAUUCCAUAAUGAGAAAGGCGAUCCGCUAACCGGCCACCUAUUCCUGUUGGAUGGUGCGAAAUGGAAGAAUUUACGCAACAAAUUGUCGCCCACCUUUACCACGGGAAAAAUGAAGUUUAUGUAUCCCAACAUUAUCAGUGUGGCGGAGAACUUUGUACAGGUUUUUGGAGAGAUGAGCGAGAAAACUCAGAAGGUUGAGAUUAAAGAGCUCUUGGCCCGUUUCACCACCGAUGUCAUAGGGAGAUGUGCCUUUGGCAUUGAGUGCAACAGUCUUAAGGAUCCCAAUGCCGAAUUCCGUCUCAUGGGCAAGCGUUCAUUGAACGAGCGCAGACAUGGAAAGUUUGUUAAUAGUUUCAUGCAAGGCUUUCCUGCCUUGGCCCGCAAACUCAAUAUGGCCAUUAAUAAGGAUGAAAUCACACAGUUCUUUGUGCGCAUUGUUCGCGAAACAGUGGCCUAUCGUGAGCAGAAUAACAUUAAGUCCAAUGACUUCCUCAGCAUUUUAAUGGACCUUAAAAAUGGCGAGGGAAAAGAGAAGGGCAUCUCAAUGUCUUUGGAGGAGAUGGCUGCACAGGUUUUUGUCUUUUUCAUUGGUGGUUUUGAGACCUCGUCAUCGACCAUGGGUUUUGCCUUGUAUGAGUUGGCUCUUAAUCAAGAUAUUCAGCAGAAACUGCGUUAUGAGAUCAAUGAGAUUUUCAACGCAGAGGGCACCACAACGUAUGAGGCAUUGCACGAUUUGCCCUAUUUGGGUCAAGUGAUAUCGGAAAGCCUUCGCAAAUACACUAUUGUUCCUCACUUGAAUCGUCAAGCCCUGGUGGACUAUGUUGUGCCGGGCCACAGCAAGUAUGUCAUCAAAAAAGGCAUGCCCAUUAUAAUACCCUCCCAUGCCAUACAUCAUGAUGCUGAUAUCUACCCGGAACCAGAAAAGUUUGAUCCCGAACGCUUUGAUGCGGCAAAUCUUAAACAACGUGAAACAGUGGAAUUUCUAGCCUUCGGCGAUGGUCCACGAAAUUGUAUUGGCAUGCGCUUUGGCAUAAUGCAAACUCGAGUGGGUUUGGCUUAUUUGUUGCACAAUUUUAAAUUUUCCCCCUGCGAAGAGACUGAAAUACCCUUGAUUUGGAAUACCAAAUCAUUUGUGUUAUCUACAAAGAAUGGCAUAUAUCUGAAGGUGGAGAGAGUGUGAUAUGCUUAUUUGGAUAUUCGAAUGUAUCGAAAAUUACGUGGUCAAAUUAUUUAUUGAACUAUCUUUUAAGUCAUACAAAUUGCAAAAUGUGAUUCUAAUCGAUUGAAAGCAAGUAAAAAUGCAUUUGAACCAAACCGAA